CCAGGCUAUUGGCUGUCGGAGGCACGCGACCGGCAUUCCAACCGUCGGGCGCGAGUCACUUUCCGGAAUCUCCACCCCCUUCUUUACCGCGUUUGCGCCGCGGCGUGCCGGUCAGCCGGCAGUUGGGCUCUGCCUGGGUGUGGAAAAAUGGCAAAGAGAAUUGCAGAGAAGGAGUUGACUGACAGAAAUUGGGAUCAGGAGGAUGAAACUGAGGAGGUGGGAACUUUCUCAGUGGCUAGUGAAGAAGUCCUGAAGAACAGAGCUAUUAAGAAAGCAAAGCGCAGAAAUGUUGGGUUUGAGUCUGACAACGGAGGAGCUUUUAAAGGGUUUAAAGGUUUUGUUUUACCUUCUGGAAAAGGAGGUGGUGGCUUCACUGGAUUUGGUAAUGGUACAGAAAUGAAGCCUUUAGGAGGGCUGUCGAAUGGAAGCAGUGGUAUUUCUAGUACUCCCUCUUUCACUAGUGUAAAGACUGCUUCUGAAGUGCAGCCUGCAUUUGGAUCCGUGACAUCAAAUGGUCCCACCACCACAUUGGUUGAGAAAAAGGCUUCAGGCACAAAAGCUAAUGGUGGCAGUCCACAAUCCUCAUCCUCUGGUUACACUCAAAAUAAAAUGUGCAGCUCUAGUGUUUAUCACAAACAGUUAGCAGCUCUAAACUGUUCUGUGCGUGACUGGAUAGUAAAGCAUGUAAACACAAAUCCACUCUGUGAUCUGACACCCAUAUUUAGAGACUAUGAGAAAUAUUUAGCAAGCAUUGAACAACAUCAUGGAAGCAGUAGUGAUAGUGGCUCUGAAAAUGAAAGCAACAAAACAACUGGAACUCAGUCUGUUCCUACGUUUGGGACUUCAAAACUUCAGCAAGGAUCAACUUUUUUGUUUAACAGCAACAAAACUGAGGAUGAAUCAGACAAGAAACCUGAAUCAACAUCGGAAAAAAACAGAGAAUCACCAUUAGGAGUUGCAUCAAAUGUCUCAUUUAAUUUUGGCAAGAAUGUUGAUAGUUCUAUUUUGGGUUCACUUGGUUCUGGCACACUAACUAGUUUUUCAUUCUCCCCUGGGAAUUCGGGUGUAUUUGGAAAAGAUGCAAAGCAGGGAAAGUCUGUCUCCACGCUUUCCACCAGGGUAUUGGAAGCUCAGACAGAAAGUGGAAGUAGUGAGGAUAAAGGAGGAGAUGAAGAGGAGGAGGAGCCACCAAAAACAGUUGUUAACGAGGUAAAAGAAGAUGAUGCCUUCUACUCAAAGAAGUGCAAACUGUUCUACAAAAAAGAUAAUGAAUUUAAAGAAAAGGGUGUAGGAACGCUGCAUUUAAAACCUGCAGGAAAUGAAAAAACUCAACUGCUGGUGCGAGCAGACACCAAUUUAGGUAACAUACUAUUGAACGUGUUGGUUCCGCCCAAGAUGCCAUGCACAAGAACAGGAAAAAACAACGUUCUUAUAGUCUGUGUUCCCAAUCCACCAAUUGAUGAGAAGAAUUCCACUGUCCCUGUCACUAUGUUAAUAAGAGUGAAAACAAGUGAGGAUGCAGAUGAGUUGCACAAAAUUUUACUUGAGAAAAAGGAGGCCUAAACAUAUUGCAGUCAAAUGAUCUGAGAAAUUACUGCUAAACUGCUGCUACUCAUUUUUUCUUUAACUUCUUAACUCUCUACUCUGACAUUCUAAGAACUGUUACAGGAAUUCUGAAAAGUUUUUGUGAGGAAAAGCUAAAAUGGCUAAUAAAAGCUUUAACUGAACACAAGUAUCCAUCUGUCCUCCCUCCUUUUUUGGAAUAUCUAAUGUAUGAACCAUAUUUGGAUAAAAUUUGUACAUUUAAAUUAGUGAUUGCUGGAUGGACUGAAAUCAAAGUACAAAAUGUUGUACCACAUGUUCUUCACAGGCUUUAAGGUGAAGUGCAGCAACCUCCUUUUUUGAGAAGGGAGAAUGCUAAAUUGUUUAACUCUUGAAACUAUUUCUAGACUGAAUAGAAUUUUUUUUUUAAUACAAAAUCAGUGUCUGCUAGCUUCUGGUAAAGGAUCUAACCUUUCAAACUGUCACCUGAAUAAUUAUGUAUCUGAAUAACAAUGCUUCUGUAGAUUCUUUUUAAAUUAAUAAGAAAUGUGAUGUACUGUUGGGAUUCAGACUGCAUCUGUGGUUCCUCAAAGCAAAUAAUUUGCUUGCAUUAUUCCUGUUGACUUUAAUGUUACUCUGCUACAAACAAUUCAGUUUUGUUGUGCUUACUGUUGCAGCAAGCUAAUGGUGUGCAAUAGUAUCCACAGACAAGUGGAAGACUAUUAGCUCUCAACCAACAACCAGACUGGCCCUAUAAUUGGUAUUCUUGUUGACAGAGCUAGAGGCCAAGGGAGGAGACUCCAAUACUCUCUCUCCUAGAAGUAUUCUUCCCUACUCCCUCCAGGUUGAGACACAUCAAGAGCAGAAGCAGUUUGGUGGAGGAAACUGGUCAAGGCAAAUACAUGCCCUAUCUGUUAAUAAAAUUUACUAAGCACGUCUCAUGAGCAUCAAAUUAUUUUUUAAAAAAAUCUUUGUGCUGUAAAUGUCUCCUGACAUGGCCAAGAGUCUGUGUAAACUUGGGUACUAUACUAUUAAAUAUUUUCUUUGUGAUGUGAUAAAGCAGCAGAAUACUACUUGCUGGCAUCAAAUAUAGCAGUAGGGUUGGCUGCAGUGUUCUAUCUUUUGGACUACUGAAACAUCAUAAAGUGUGAGUAAAGUAUUUAGUGUUAACCUGGAAGGAAGCUCGGAUGCUGUAUAGACAUACCCAUUUUAAAUAUAAAUUGGUGCCUUUUUUGCAUUUGGUUUUGUAUUUAGCCACUAAAGUGUGUGUGUGGUUAGUUUCCUCAAUUUUUUCUAACGUCGUGCUGGUACGUAGCGCAGAGGUCAGAACUUAAAUGUUUGCAUGUUAAUUCUGUGAAUGAAAAUCAUAACAUGUACAAGUUUUACAGGCUCAGGUUGAAGGGCCAAGGGCUGAAAUAAUUUUGCAUUUGUUUUUAGAAAACAGUGUCUUAAUAAAUAAAUAAAUUUGAGUAAAGAAAUUUGUUUUGUAGGCUGCCAGUCACUGCACAUGGAGGGGAAUAAUCUUUUGUGAUGAGCAGAUCACUCAUUAUGCACCUCACACUUUAAGAGCCAUUGUGUAUUAGACGGUUAGAGGUAUUGUGUUUGGUACUUGUUUACUUCCUCAUGUGCAAAGAUGUGUAGUAAUGUGCUUUCCAUCAAUUGCAAUAUGGACCAAUAAAGAAGAUACACAGAAAUUCAUUAGGAGAGGCAAAUGUAACUAACUUUCCACGUGCCCCUUGCACAGCCAUCCUGACUGAUAUUUGCCUUUGAAAUGAGUGAAAUCUGGGACUUUUGUACGUGCAUGGUUUUGGCUUGCUCGUGAAGCUAGGUAGGCUAAGUAGAAGAGGCCAGUGAAUGGUCCUGCUGUAUCUGUGAUUGGAAGAGUUGUUUAAAACAUUGUUUAAAUUGUGAUUGUAUGUUUGAGGGUGGGUGUUGAGGACAGGAAAGAGAAUGGGACAGAUACUACUUAAUGAAAAUCUAAUAUGCUGGAAACUUUGUACCCCACAAUGCCCAAGCUGGCAAAUACACACAUUUUCUAUCUUAGUUUGGGAAACAAUGAGUAAAGGAGGUGGCACACCUUAUUCUUUAGCUAAGCAUGUAUUGGUAUCAGUAAAUGGCAUGGAGAAUCAUAUGGGAGAGAUGGAAAUAGGUAAGUGUAUACUCACAUCUUUGCAAUAGGUUACCCUAUAAAGUCUCCCUUAAAAAGAAAAGUAUAUGUAUGAAAUGUCUUAGGUCUAAUAAUAUUAAAAACAGAGUUUUUAAUUUAAGAACGUAAUCCUACAGUUUAUUACAACAGAUCUUUGCUGUUAACACUUUAAAACAAAAUUAAACAGGGAAAAGUGAUAGAGAUAUGACAGGUGUAAAAUUGAUCUGUCUAAUUAAAAGUUCUGUGUAUCUUAUAUUGACUUCAGUUAUUUGAAUUGUGAGAUGGGGAGAACUUAAAUGUAUACUUUUUUACUUGUGUUCAAUUGUACAGCACAAAUUAUUUUGCUCCCAGGGUUAUAAAAACAAAUGUUGUGGCACUAUGGUUUGAAUUUUGUAGUUCAUAGGGCACUUUCGGAGGGAGACACCUAAAAAGUAGAUUCUGGGAUUAGUCUACAGAUUUCAAUGUUUGUUUGCAUGAAAAUUUAAUAGAAAUUAAGCUCUAAAAACGUAUUAAAAGCAAAUGUAAAAAUAGUUUGUUAGGAAAUUACCAUUAAUUAUAUAGUUUGUAUCAGGGUGUCUGUCAUAUGCUACUUUAUUAUAAAAGAUUGUCUUAUUUAGAAUUCUAAUUCAAUAAAUUUCUGUAUCUUG